AUGCCUGAAACGCCCUCAGGCAACAAUUCGGACAACCCUACACCAUUGCUCGACCCUCGCCUCUCAUGGGCUCAAGUAGCCCAAAAGAAGCGGGUGUCUCUUCUCCACAACUCCUAUUCCGUCUCUCAAGAUACAUCACGCCAACAGCAGACGGUCAUCUACUCUCACGUCUGGCGCGUGGGCCGAUCGCCAAACGCUGUCUUCUUCGAUCACCACACCGAAGGUCCUCGCGUCAUUCUCGAAGUUUACUUCCAGCAACCAGACGACUACCGUCGUGCUCUCGAACAAGGCCUGGAAUUCCCAAAGCAAACGUUUAUCCACGGCACCCCUGGCCUCUACCCUACCACCCAAAUCAAGAAAAUCUGCCUGACACGCCUACCUUUCCUGAGUCCCGAGGCCCUAGUGCAAGGUCUUCAAACGACCAUGGCCAUGUACGGCCGUGUCAUGGACGUAGGUGUCUACCGCGACCAAACAACCAAUCUCUUCAUGGGAAACGGUUUUGCAGUGAUUGAUCAACAGCUGCUGGAACGCGAACAAGCGUUCACCACUUUGGACCACCAUAUCCCCUGGUGCGGGGAUGAAAACAACCUCGUUUACGGCACAUUUUCUGAAAUGAAACCACACUGCUCCCGAUGUCACUCUGCUUCUCACGUCGUUCGCAAACAACCAGGCACUCGCCGCAAAACCAACCCACAAUCAGAGAACGAACAAUCGGACGCGCCUCCGGCGACGCCACCCGCACGCGCACCACCAGCAUCUGACGUUUCCACACCAUCGUUGGAACCAGACGUUAGCAAUGGCAUUCAAGAGCCAAACCCUGGGACCUCUGAUGCCGACGUCUUGAUGGACACGUCCAUGGAACUCGAGGCGUCCAUGGAUGAAGCACUUUCCGAGCUCCUCGAUGAUACCACCCGUUCGAAACUGCUCCAUCGCGAAUGGUUCCGCAAAUUACCAAUGUCUGAGGACGCCAUGCUCAUCUUUGAGCAAUCCGAAGUCUCCGCUGAUGAAGAAAAGUUGCUCGCUACACUCCUCCUCUCCAAGCUGACUCAGAUGGCUCAAUCUGAUAGCUGCGCAGCUGAUCACUUACUAACGAUCGAACGCUCGGGUUACAUCCGCUUUCAGAGCGUACAUGCCCGGACCGAGACAACCGAAGCUGGAUUAUAA